AUGGACUAUUCAAUCGGAACAGAAGGGCUCAAGCGCAGGAAGAUCAUGAGCACCGACGUCUUCGAGACGCCCAACUCCGAAGACGUGUGUCGGCCCUACGCACCCGCAAACGCUUCUGCCCGCCAAUCCCGAGCCGGAGCGAGCGCCAGUGCGGAGGCGGACGGCCACUUCUACGACAAGAGGUCCAUGGAGCUGGACGAGCAGGAGGUGCCGGCGGUGCAGGCGUUCGAGGUCUUUAUGGGCAAAGUUUACAAGCCCACUGUGUCAAAGCAGACCGAGUAUGAGCUUUCCACUGGUACGAGCAGCAGCUGCAAGACGAUGCUGGAGUCGCCGUUGGCCCGUUUCACGCGGCUGUCGCUGGAGCUGAAGGAGCUGGAGGCGGACCUCACGCUGCUCGCGGUCGACGCGGAGCACAAGAAGCACGAGGUGGUUCUCGACGCUGGCCAAGAGGCUGAGCUGAGCGAGGUGAUGCAGGGACUCACGACGCUGCAGCUCAAUCUGUCGGCAUUGGGAAAGAAUGCUGCUUUUCAGCCUUUUCUACGCGCAAACACAGCUGGCGCCAGUGCUGAGGCGGCGUUGAGUCUACAGAAAGAUCUGACCGCCAAGUUUUUCAAGAGAAUUGACACACUUAAAAAGCAGCAGCAGGCGCAGACGGCUGAACCUGCUACUUCGGACGAUGCGGCCAUUGUGUACGAAAUCUUCAGUAACGCUGAGCUGAACGCAGCCGAGAAAGAUGAAAAGACUCGGGUGGCUGUGCUUGAAGCACGGAUCUCGAUGUUGGAGAAAGCUAUUGGGAGUUCUCAGGAGCAGGAAAUGCGGCCACAUGGCCUGGACUCACUCAGCGGCGUGUCAAACGUAGACCUGACGUCAGCAGUGGCACAACUCGAGCAACGUGUUGCUUUCAUGAGCGAGAAAAAUCUCGAUGCUGUAAAGACGCGCACGACCGCCCUCGUGCACGAGUUCACACUGCUAAGCAAACUCAAGCAGUCGCCUAGUGUGCAGGGUGCGCUGAACUCGCAGACUGACAGCGAGCAAAUUCGAAAAUUGUACGACCAGCUUAGCAGCCUCGACACGAUUGCAGCCUCGGUGCCAAGUGUCGUAGACCGGCUUGUUGCGCUCAAGUCCGUACAUGAUGAGAUGCUGACCGUGGCAGCUCGUGUGGAUAAGAUGGAGAAAACCCAAGCCUCGCUGGACGAGCUGCUGGACUCGGAUGCUGCCUUACUUGCUAAUAUGGAGACCAGCUUGGCUGAAAAUGUGCAGAUUUUCCAGUCCAACAUCAAGCAUCUAGACGACCGCAUGGCCAAUUUGCUCUCCUCUUCAGGUGGUUGCUAA